AAUAAACCUUCUGAUUUAUGGCUGCAUCAAAACAAGUGGCUACUUUCCGUCUCCCACCUCUUCCAACAAUUGGAGAGAUUAUUAAACUGUUUAAGCUUCGAGCUGUAAAGCAGUUAUCUCAGAACUUUCUUCUGGACCUGAGACUUGCAGAUAAGAUAGUGAGAAAUGCUGGCAGUCUGAAAGAUGCCCAUGUAUGUGAAGUGGGCCCUGGCCCAGGAGCAGUCACACGAUCCAUCUUGAAUGCUGGCAUUGCAGAGCUCCUGUUAGUUGAAAAAGAUCCUCGCUUUAUUCCAGGGCUGCAGAUGCUGUCUGAUGCAGCUCCAGGAAAAGUUCGUAUUGUUCAUGGGGAUAUUUUGACAUACAAGUUGGCAAAAGCUUUUCCACAGCAUCUUAAGAAGGAAUGGGAAGAUGAUCCCCCAGACAUACAUAUUAUUGGAAAUCUACCUUUCAGUGUUUCAACCCCACUAAUAAUCAAGUGGCUUGAGAAUGUAUCUGAAAGGAAUGGUCCAUUUAGUUAUGGUAGGACACAGAUGACUCUAACAUUUCAGAAGGAAGUAGGGGAGAGGCUGACAGCUAGCACAGGAUCCCGGCAGCGUAGCAGACUUUCUAUCAUGUCUCAGUAUCUGUGUACAGUUCACAAUUGUUUUACAAUUCCUGGCCAAGCUUUUAUUCCCAAGCCAGAGGUGGAUGUGACUAUCAUUCAUUUUACACCAUUGGUGCAACCAAAGAUAGAACAGCCCUUUAAGCUGGUGGAGAAAGUUGUUCAAAGUGUUUUUCAAUUCAGAAGAAAAUACUGUCAUCAUGGAGUACGGAUCUUGUUUCCCGAAGCUGAACGUUUGAAAAAAGCUGAACAGAUGCUCAUGUUAGCCGACGUUGAUCCAACUCUGCGCCCAACUCAACUUUCUAUGUUUCACUUUAAAAACCUUUGUAAUGUAUAUAGGAAAAUGUGUGAUGAAGACCCAAAGCUGUUUGCUUACAACUUCCGGGAGGAACUGAGAGAGAAUAGGAGCAAGAAAAGCAACUUGAAAAGGACUGAGGAUGACAGUUCGUUUUAG